UAAGGAAGUGAAACUCAGACAGUCGUUGUUACCGAGAGGAGAAAUGGCACAGAAAGGAGUUCAACUAGACCGGGAGGCCUUCUCUUGUUCCAUCUGUCUGGAUCUCCUGAAGGAUCCGGUGACUAUUCACUGUGGACAUAGUUACUGUAUGAACUGUAUUAAAAGCCACUGGGACACAGAGGAUGAGAAGACAAUCUACAGCUGCCCUCAGUGUAGGCAGGACUUCACACAGAGGCCUGUUCUGGUGAAAAACACCAUGUUGGCAGUUUUAGUGGAGGAGCUGAAGAAGACUGGACUCCAAGCUGCUCCUGCUGAUCACUGCUAUUCUGGAUCUGAAGAUGUGCCCUGUGAUGUCUGCACCGGGAGGAAACUGAAAGCCUGUAAGUCCUGCCUGGUCUGUUUGAUCUCAUUUUGUGAGAAACACCUUCAGUCUCAUUAUGAUUCACCUGCUUAUGCAAAACACAAGCUGGUGGAGCCCUCCAAGAAGCUCCAGGAGAACGUCUGCUCUCGUCAUAAUGAGGAGAUGAAAGUAUUUUGUCGGACUGAUCAGCAGUCUAUCUGUCUCCUCUGUUUAAUGGACGAACACAAAGGUCAUGACACAGUCUCAGCUGCAGCAGAAAGGACAGAGAGGCAGAGAGAGCUUGGGGUGAGUCGACAAAACAUCCAGCAGAGAAUCCAGGACAGAGAGAAAGAUGUGAAGCUGCUUCAACAGGAGGUGGAGGCUAUCAAUGGCUCCGCUGAUAAAACAGUGGGGAACAGUGAGAAGAUGUUCACUGAGCUGAUCCGUCUCAUGGAGAAAAGACGCUCUGAUGUGAAGCAGCAGGUCAGAUCCCAGCAGCAAACUGAAGUGAGUCGAGUCAGAGAGCUUCAGGAGAAGCUGGAGCAGGAGAUCACUGAGCUGAAGAGGAAAGACGCUGAACUGGAGAAGCUCUCACACACAGAAGAUCACAACCAGUUUCUACACGACUACCCCUCACUGUCACCACUCAGUGAAUCUACACCCUCAUCCAGCAUCAAGAUCCGUCCUCUGAGGUUCUUUGAGGAUGUGACAGCGGCUGUGUCAGAAGUCAGAGAUAAACUACAGGACGUUCUGAGAGAGAAAUGGACAAACAUCUCACAGACAGUGACUGAAGUGGAUGUUUUACUGUCAGGACCAGAACCAGAGCCCAAGACCAGAGCUGAGUUCUUAAAAUAUUCAUGUGACAUCACACUGGAUCCAAACACAGCACAAACACGGCUGUUAUUAUCUGAUGAGAACAGAAAAGUAACAGCAAUGAUAGAACAACAGUCUUAUUCUAGUCACCCAGACAGAUUCACUAGAUGGUGUCAGGUCCUGAGUAAAGAGAGUCUGAUGGGACGUUGUUACUGGGAGGUGAAGUGGGGGGGGAAAGGAGUUCAUGUAGCAGUCACAUACAAGAAUAUCAGCAGAGCAGGGAGCUCAGAUGAAUGUUUGUUUGGACGUAAUGACAAAUCUUGGAGGUUAUAUUGUGACAGCAACAGUUAUAACUUUUGUUACAACAAAGUCAGGACUCCUGUCUCAGGUCCUCCGUCCUCCAGAGUAGGAGUGUACCUGGAUCACAGAGCAGGUAUUCUGUCCUUCUACAGCAUCUCUGAAACCAUGACUCUCCUCCACAGAGUCCAGACCACAUUCACUCAGCCUCUAUAUGCUGGACUCAGGAUUCAUCAUUUUGAAGACUCUGCUGAGUUGUGUAAGCUGAAGUAGACAGAAGUCAUUAGGGGACAAUGUGUUAACAUCUGUGUUUUUUUUUCCAUGUUUCUAAAGAAAGCUGAUUAUACUUUUCUUCACUGCACAUACUACGGUACUUUGACAAAACCAGUAAAGCCAAAUUUCUGUAUUUCAUAGAUUUCAAUAUCAUAUGUGGACGUGGGACCUUCCUCUGACCUGUCUCUUUGAGCCCACUAGUUUU